GUCCAUCAUCGUGCCACGUGUACGGCGGGCACGGAGCUCCCCCUCCGCCCCCUCCCCACUAUAAAUAGCCUGGUCAGGAACCGAUCAAAGAAAAAUCAUCCAUUACAUUGAAAAACAGAGCAAUCAAUUCAAAACCCACACUCUCUCCCCCCUUUCCCUUGUCCAAACAACCAACCAAAACUCAGAAGAAAGAUGUCUUGCUGCGGAGGAAACUGUGGGUGCGGCUCAAGCUGCAAGUGCGGCAAUGGCUGCAACGGCUGCAGCAUGUACCCCGAUCUCAUCGAGACCGCCACCACCUCCACCCAGACCAUCAUCGCCGGCGUCGCCCCGGUCAGCAUGGGAUUUGAGGGCUCGGAGAUGAACUUCGGUGCGGAGAACGGCUGCAAGUGCGGAUCGAACUGCACCUGCGACAACUGCGGCUGCAAAUGAAACAAAAACCCUACAACACCCUCGCUCGGUGCCUGCCAUGUACGAAUCAGGGACUCUUGGUUCGUGAUCAUGGUUAUGUAGUAAUAAGAAAGUUGUUGUUGUUGUUUGUGUAAAUAAAGAACAGCCACGGCAGGGGUUUGUUUCCGUAGAAGACACAAAAGAGUAGGGGGAGGAAAUCCUUUGAUGUGAAGAAGGGUUUUUCCUUCCUUUUUUCUUGUUUCGUCUCCGUCCUUGAUUGCUGCUGCUGUGGCUGGGUUUCCUGUAUUUGCUGCUAUGUAUGUGUCGUUUGACUUGAAAGCUUUAGUUGGGUUUCGCCGGGCGGUUAUCAAAAAUUACAAGUGCGUUAUGCUUUCUUAAAUUUGAGCUCUUGCUCUGUUUCGGACAUAGACUGCAGACAGAGCGCAGUCAGGUAGCUGCUCUUACUUACUAUUGCCCCGUAACGUAAUGGAUUCAUUCUUAAUUAGAGCAGGUAAAUUAG